AGCUUCAGCUUUGAGGUGAUUUUAGAAAAUCCAAUCGAACUACACAGAAUUACUGUUGAGGUUUUGGAUAUAAAUGAUCAUGCUCCCGUUUUCCCAAAUAAAGAGAAGUCUAUCAGUUUUGAGAUGAGUGAAUCAGCUGUAGCUGGAGUGCAGUUUCCUCUGCGGAGUGCAGAGGAUCUAGAUGUGGGACAAAACGGGUUGCAAGAUUAUAUUUUAUCACCUAACGACAAUUUUAUUUUGAAACAACAUGCAAAUCCCGACGGUAGUAAAUACGUUGAAAUGGUGCUCCAGAAGCCUUUAGACAGAGAACGAAAUUCUCAUCUGUCUUUAAAAUUAAUCGCAGUUGACGGAGGAACACCACAGAGAUCUGGUACAGUAAAUAUAGAUGUCACUGUUUUAGAUGCCAACGACAAUAUUCCGGUUUUUAACCAAUCGGUUUAUAAAGCUUUUGUGAUGGAAAAUACUAUAAAAGGCACUAGUAUUAUUACAGUAAAUGCCACAGACGCUGACAGUGGUUCAUAUGGACUCAUUUCUUACAGUUUGUAUGAGAUGAAAGGAACCGCAGCCGAUAUAUUCAGUAUUGACGAAAAUACCGGUACAGUUUCUGUGUCUGGUCAGAUCGAUUAUGAAAAGGACAGAAAAUAUGAGGUCAGGGUAGAAGCAAAGGAUCAGGGUGGUUUAAUUGGAACAAGUAAAAUUAUAUUUGAUGUUGCUGAUGUCAAUGACAAUGCCCCAGUUAUAAAUAUCAUGUCAUUUUCCAGUCCCCUGUCUGAGGAUGCGCGUCUUGGUACAACUGUGGCUGUUUUCAAUGUAAAAGAUGCAGAUUCUGAGAGAAAUGGACAGAUAAAAUGUUCCAUAGAUGGCAAACUUCCCUUUAAGAUCGAAUCAUCUCUAACAAAUUAUUACAAUUUGAUCUCAGAUCAACGUUUUGACAGAGAAUCAGUUUCAGAAUAUAACAUAACAAUAACAGCAACUGAUAUGGGGUCUCCUCCACUUUCUAGCUCAACAAAGUUAAAUCUUAAAAUUUCUGAUGUAAACGACAACGCCCCA